GAAAAACGGUGGCACCCACAUCAGAACUGAAGCUUUUGGGAUAAUAUUCAGAGUUUCUGGUGUGCUGUCCCCCUGCCUGUGUGAUGGAGGGGGAGGUGUCAGAGCUGUCACUGAGCUUGUCUCUCCAAUUUGUCUGAUUUCCUCCUGUAGCGUUCUCAAACAGUGUAAAGAUGUGGAGCUCUCCUUCAGUGAUGUGACAGGCAAGCCUGAAGUCUUCAAGGGCACCAAGAAAGGCAUGCUGUACCUCACCCCUUACAGGAUGAUCUUUGUGACGAAGGGCAAGGAUCCUAUGCUGUCUUUCAUGAUGCCGUUUUAUUUGGUGAAAGGGUGCUCGAUCGAGCAGCCUGUUUUCUCUGCCAAUUACAUCAAAGGACAGAUUCAGGCUGAGGCAGGAGGUGGCUGGGAAGGGCAGGGGACGUUUAAACUGACUUUCAACAGCGGAGGAGCCAUCGAGUUUGGACAGCUGAUGUUCAAAGCUGCCUCUAACGCUUCCAGUGGCGUUCCUCUCCAGAAACCUGGCUAUGGCUAUACACCUGUGCCCGGAGGAUAUGCACCCAGCUAUGCACCCGCCCCGCCUGCUCCAGGGGGGUAUUCACCUGCGCCGGGGGGCUAUGCUGCUCCUCCACCCCCAGAUGGACCAUAUCCUUAUGCACCACCUCCGAUGAGUGCCUAUGGACCGGCUCCGCAGCCCAUGGGAUAUCCGUACGCCCAGACUCCAGGUAUUUACCCACCGCUUCCAAACAUGAACCCCAUGUAUGUGCCACCUCCUCCCCCCUACUCCGGGCCAUAUCCUGCAGGACCCUCAGCCCCCUCGGCUCCCCCAGCCUGGAUGGGCCCAGGGACGCCAGGAGGCAGUAAGGCCAUGGAAGCCGCUUCCAGCACAUAUUACAACCCGGCCAACCCACACAACGUGUACAUGCCCAUGGAUCAGCCACCUCCUUACACACCUCCUGAGGAGAAGAAGAACAACUAA